UUCAGGUACACCGCAGAUUCUCUACCUACAAUACCUAAUACGCUUUCCUUCUGCUUUUCUUAGAAAUUUUAUUCAUUAUCAUAGCCCGUUUAUUUUGGUUGCUCAUUACGUAUCAGGAUGUCUACUUCAAAGAUGGCAGUAGCGUCUAAAAGCGCAGAGCCCUCAAUUCUUGAAGAGAAAACCGAGUCUGGCACACUGCAGACACCGCUUUCAACCCCUUCUUCAGCCAGCAAUGCACCGGAGAAGCCGGCUCUUACUGCCAGUCAACAAACUAAAUAUGACUGGCUUUUGAAACAAGCACAGGGUUGGACUGAGGUUCACUCUAAGGAAAAGCCCGGUGCUUUGGCUGAUAGCGAGAAGAUGUGGCUUACGAGAGAAUGUCUUUUGAGAUACCUCAGGGCCACGAAGUGGCAUGAGAAGGAAUCGGAGAAACGUCUGCAAGAGACCCUAGCCUGGCGAAGGGAAUACGGAGUCGAAGAGUUGGAUGCAGAUCAAAUUGGACCGGAGAAUGCGACUGGGAAACAAGUCCUGUUGGGUUAUGAUAAGCAAUGCCGUCCUUGCCAUUACUUGAAUCCAGGCCGCCAAAACACGGAUGUCUCUCCUCGACAAGUUCAGCAUCUUGUCUUUAUGCUUGAGCGCGUCAUUCAACUCAUGCCAGCGCAACAAGAAACACUCAGUCUGCUCAUUAAUUUCAAGUCGGGCAAAAAUCGCACAAAUACCGCUCCGGGUAUAGGCCAGGGUCGCGAGGUACUACAUAUUCUUCAGACCCAUUACCCCGAGAGGCUCGGAAGAGCGAUGAUUAUCAACGUUCCAUGGGUUGUUUGGGGUUUCUUCAAACUUAUAACACCUUUUAUCGACCCGUUGACGAGGGAAAAGUUGAAGUUCAACGAGGACAUGACGCAAUUUGUACCAAAAGAACAACUUUGGUCAGAAUUCCCAGGAGGCGAGCUGCAGUUUGAGUACAACCACGAUGUGUAUUGGCCUGCGUUACAGAAGCUAUGUGCCGAGAAACAAGCGGAGAAGGUGAGGAGAUGGGAAGCCGGGGGCAAGCAGAUCGGUGAGAAGGAGGACUACCUCAAGGGCUACGAUGCUCAAGGAGUAUCACCACCACCCGGUUACUCUAGUGAAGCGAACAAUUAGGAUGGCGCUACGAUAUAGGCAAGUCGGAUGUCUUAUAAAUGAAGACAGAAUUCGAAAAAUAUGAAUACGAUAAGUGUUCAAGGAUAAGCAUAUAAUGGAAAGGAUGCAAGUUGUAAACUGAGGAACAAGAGAUGGUCUUAAGACCGAAUACAUAGCUAUAAUGUACAUACAUAGCCAGUCAUGCCAAUGAUACUAUAGGUACCUAGGUAUGCAUGCAGAUAGUACUUUUACCUAUACUUAAAUCAAGUUAUAGGAGGGUCCAUAUACG